GAUCACUGCUGCCUACAGAGCCGCUAUGGCCACGUCUCCGCUCAGAGACUUCCUCGUUACCUAUUUAAUGCCAGAAAAAUGCUAUGAGCAUAUUUUCGUCCACCUCCACUGGCACGUGCCUUGCCUGAAGUUUGUACUGAACAAAACUGUCGGAUUUUGGAUCAUACUGGACACAUUCCUGGCACAACUGCCUCAGCUGCUGAAGAUACUGUGGAGAGGAAAUGCAGAAGGUCUGAGUCUGAUCUCCGUCCUGCUGCAGCUUUAUGCGUUCUCAUGUCCUGUUGUGUAUGCUAUCGCCAACCACUUCCCACUCUUUGCCUGGGCAGAGAGGCUCAUCACGUUGGCCCAGACGGCAGCGAUUGUCUUCCUCAUCCUGCAUUACCGUGGCAACACUCUCGCAGGAGUGCUGCUUCCCUCUGGUUUCGGCGGUCUUGUCUUCCUCCUGGGCUCAUAUGCGACUGCAGCAGUCGCCUCAGUGAUUCAUUCCUCCAGUUUGGCAGCUUUAAUUGCAAGCAAGGUUUUCCAGACCACAACUAACCACCAGAAUGGCCACACAGGUCAGCUGUCCACUCUGUCAGUGCUGCUAUCAUGGGCAGGGUCUCUGGGUGUCGUCUGGAUUUCUCUGCAGGAAACCGGAGGCUCUCUUGCUACUCUGUCACACAUCCUGUCAGCCGGCCUCAGCUGUGUCCUCCUGGUCCAGGUCCUCUGCUACAGGAGCAUCACCGGCACAGAUGCAAAGAAGAGAGAGUAGAGGUGGAGGGAGGCGACAAAUCAACACUCACAUCGCAUGCAUAUCCUAACUGUCAUGCAGCUGUUUGAUUCUGUGCAGGAAGCUGGACUUGUAAAGUGCAGCAGUGAAGCAACUGUCAGUGUUUACAGGGUGUUUUUGUACCACUAAGUCUGAUUGGUACUCUCAGAUCUAAGUUGAAACAAGUUGCGCCUGUGAAAAUAAGAGCUUUCAUUGUCGUGCUUUUAUAAAAACUUUAUAUUUUAUUUAUGCAGCUUGUUUCCAAUUGCUGCACCGGUGAGAGAAUAAAAAGUCUUUUGCUGCCCUCUA